AUGCCCGCACCGGCUGAAGUCCAAGCGGCAACGCUCGAGAAGUUCAUCAAGGGUUGGAGCGGAUGGACGGCCGACGGCUUCCUCGCUAGCUGGUCCAACGAUUGCACACAAACUACACUGCCUUUCAGUUCUGCGGUGCCGGUCCGCACGCGCGCGCACACCGAGAAACUAUUCCCCGUUCUCAUGUCAGUCUUGACAAACUUCCAGCUUACAGUCCACAACGUUGUGCACGACGCGGCGCAGGGCAAGGCCGUUAUCUAUGCCAUCACGAAGGCGGACACGCCGCUCGGGCCAUACAACAACGAGCAUGCUGUCUUUGUAUGGUUUGACGAGAGCGGAGAGAAGGUAGAUAAGAUCGAGGAGAUGUUUGACGGAGUUUUCAUGAAGGAAUUUCUCCCGAAGCUCGACGAGUACAUGGCUCAGACGAAGGGUGUUAGGAGCAUAAAUAUAUAUAAUAAGAAUGAAGAUUAG